CUCCGCCGCCGUCGUCAUCAUCGCCGCCGCCGUUAAAUGGGUGAGCCCAGUGACAGUCUCGCUCUCUUACUCUGCCACGAAUCCGAGUCUUCUUUAAACGAAGACGACGAAAGAAUCGAGAGAUCUGAGGAGCAAGAACCUCACUUUCCUACUACGAUCGAUGAUGAUGAAGAUUAUGUGGCAGAGCUUGUUCUUAAAGAGAAUCGGAGAUUCGAAACUGAACCCACUAAAACGACGUCGUCUGUUGAUAGAUUGAUUGCAAUCGAUUGGAUUCUCACUACAAGAACAAGAUUUGGAUUCCAACAUCAAACAGCUUACAUUGCAAUCUCAUACUUGGAUCUGUUUCUCCAAAGAAGAUUCAUCGGUUUGGUUUUGUUAAGAUCCUCUGAUUCUCUUCUUGCUCUAACUAAAGAGAUAAGUUUUACGGAUUAUCGACAGUUCGUUGUUGCUGCUGUUACUAUAAUGUUAGCUUCUUCUACUUCAUCGGAUAUUAGAUUGACGAGAGAAGAGAUAACGAACAAGUUUCGAUCGAUUUCUUGGUGGACUUCUAAUGAGAAUGAAAAUGUAUAUUUGUGUUAUCAGAGAAUGCUAGAGAUUGAGGAGAGGAAACAUAUGACACCGCCGCCCGAAACAGCGGUUUCCCGCGAACCACCGGCUUCAGGAAGUGGCGCUAAACGCCGAUUAUCUUUUGAUGAUCCUGAUCAAACUUCUCCUCCAGCCAAGAAUACGCGUAGGCUCUGAAGAGAGUUACUUUCUUCUUGAAGUUUUGGCUUAUAUUGAUUUGGUUUCUUUUUUGGCAACAUAUUGAUUUGGUUUUUAUAUUCAAUCAUUUCAUUAUAGAGAAAAAAAUGGUUUGAAUACAAUGGUUAUUUCAAU